UCCCACAAAUACCAUGGAAAAAAUUCAAGUCAAUUCGUCUGGUCAAAAUCAGAAGCCUCCAAUGGCUCAUCUCAUACGUAGCUCUACCGGUUAACCAGUGGCUGCAUAUCAGAAGAAGUAAGAAUGACCCUAACAGCUCAGAUUUAUGCACGGUAUGUUCAGAAAAUGAACCAGAAGAUAUGCUACAUUGCCUGAUACGCUGUAGAGAGGCGAUGGAAUGUUGGGCAAGGGCCUCGGAUCUCUGGGAUUCCCUCUUCUCGACUCCCCUCUCUCAACAUCCUAUCCAACUCCGUUUAUGGACUAACAUCCCAGCUCAAUUCCACAAGACAGAGAAAACGUGGUUCGGAUCGGAAUGAUCAGAAAGGGAACGCUGUGGUCCAUCUGGAAGGAAAGGUGCUGUAGAACCAUUGAGGGACUCUCAACUCCAAGGGAGAAGGUAUGGGCGGAGACAAAGCACUUUGAUUCAGGCGGAGAUACUUUGUAAGUGGCACAAGACGAGACAGUCCAUGCCAGAUGAAGAAGAGCAACAGAGAAGAAUCAAGGCCAAAUUCACUAAGGUGUGGCUGUCAAGGGGCAAAGUGGCAGAGAUAAAUGACUUUCACAUACGAUGGAAAGACCGGCACAACUCAGAAGUAGGGUGGCGAAGGCAGAGAUCCCAGCCAGCAGAAGGACAAGAUCCAUCACAGGUCACAUAAUAUUGAAGGGAAAAUUCCAAAAUUGCAUCUUCCAUAAUAUUAUAAUCUUCUUUAAUGAACAAAAUAUCGAAAAACGGCCUGUUGCAUAGGGUGUGACGGGUACAUGGAUCUGAAGAUCGCAAUGUAAAUAUGUAAACAUUGUCCUUAGUUGAAAAUCCACCUCCCUCUUACAACCCCUCCUCCCAUGCCCCCAACCUGUUGCCAGUGAAACCCAUUGACUCCAGAAAGCAGCACUGUGCAGAGGUGGGUAGCACCACUUAUGGACGGGGGGGGGUUGGGGACAGGCAGCUGUCACAUCUCUCCUGAUUCCUCGUUUCUGGCUGUAGAUCUCCCAUUGAUCUGCCUGCGUUUGGCGUACAUGGAUCUCCGAUUGACUCCAGAAAGCAGCAUUGUGCAAAGAUGGGUGGCACCACUUAUCGGCGGGGAUAAAGGCCUCCAUCAUGAUUCUCCGUUUCUGGCUGUUGACCCUCGUGGUGAUCUGCCUGUGUUUGAAGUACGAGUCGAGGGGGAGGAAAGGAUCGAACAGUUUAAACAACAUAUACAAAUGGAACUCGAAUUCAGAUGGAAGUCUGUCAAACUCACCCUAGACACCCUUCACAGGGCAAAAGAUAUCGAGGAGCGGAUAAGGCAGUUCUCUAGGGAGUGGUUGGGAGGAGAUCGAGAAGGGUGGGUAGCAGAGGUGAGUUGGUCAGGGGACGGGAAUGGGGGGGAGGACAGGGAAGGAGGACAAGAAGGGAGGUCGGUGCCACGAGACUACCGUUUAAAGUUUAAGGAUUGGUUGACUAUCGACUGCACUGCAGCGUUCCUUUGAGACCAGCAGAGGACUUCCCGGAUCCAUUCCCGCCCCACCCAUUGUCUACGGAAUUGAGACAGGUGGGACGACUUCACAUGGGAGCCCAUCAACCUAUCAAAUUCUCAUUUAUACACAGUGAGGGUAGGAGUAUGAGGCAGCAGAGUACACCCGAAGGAGAGGGCCGGGCAGGAGAAGGAAGGAUCCACUGGUGCCCCCAGGUGGCCCUUCCCAGAAUCCUGUCCGGGCAGAGGAAUGGAGCUAAUGAUAAAGGUGUAUUAGGACAAGUCGGGUUCAGGCUCAGUCGGGCACACCUGCGCAGUCAAUCCUCUGGUCUCCAGAGUAAUCAAUGCUGGCAGGCACCAUCUACUUACCCUCCCAUGAUCACCCAUGCAUCAUCUUUUUCUAGCUUUUCCAAUAUCCUGCUCAGUCAAUCCCCUGGAAUCCAGGGUAAUCAAUGCUGGCAGGAUCC